CCGAGAGCCUAACAGCAGAGGCCAGAAGGGCCGAGGGGCUUGCUUUGCUUCCCCCAAAUCCACAGCUGUCUCCAGUGACACCCUGGAUAAGUGCGGAGGGUACGCCGAUGAACGGCGUAAAGCUCGACGCUCGCCUGCCCACAACUGCCCUCCAUGUUACGGAAGAUAAGCCGUACACCCCAAUCGGCUAUGAAGAGCAUAAACACGAAUACCCCAUGUUUAUGCCAGAAAAGAUCCACCGCGUCGUGGCGAUGCCGAGUCGUUACCUCGCUGUCAUCGGGCAGCUGUAUCCUGAUGCCACCUUUGUCGUCGUCCGUGACCCGUCGCACCGCAAUACAGCUGUGCGAACGACUGGAUCCGGGCUUGUCAAGUUUAGCCUUUUGAUGGGCUUCCCGGCGGCAACCUCGACUCGCCCGCUCACGCCCGAGCGCCGGAAAAAGGAGGGCAUCUGGCGCCUCCUACUAGUCACCCGUGACUGGCCAUCCGGGGGCGUCGCGAAGAUGGUGUGCAACGAAGAAGGCCGCGCAACUAUUAGCGAGGUCAAGAGCGCCUUUGGCGUUCUUCCCGAGGGCCGCGAGAUUUGGGAAUAUCACCCUUCUCUUUGCAAGCACAACCUUAUCCGCGACAAUGACAACGACGAUGACGAUGACGACGACGACGACAGUUACGACAAUGACAACAAUCACGACCACGAUGGUAGUGACGGCGACGAGUCUACCAACGUCGCCACAGGAAGGAGAGGCAAGAGAAAGGCCAAGGCCGUCGCCAAGGCAACACCCGUGAAGAGAAGGGGAAAGGGCAAGGCCGUCGCGCAUACCCCAGUCACACCUCGCCGUAGCCCUCGUUGCCCUGCCACGAGCAGACAAUCUUGUCUCGUGGAGUUCAAGCGGAUAGAUCCCAACGGACCAUGGCGGGUCAAAAGAGUGACCGGGUAUGGCGACGGUUCCUCGCCUUCCGAGAACGACUCGGAGCUAGGCACUACCCCGUGCAAGCACCACAAGCUCAUAAGGGGCUAUGAAGGUGUACGCAGCGGUGACGACGGUGCGGAAUACCGGAGCAUGAACCGAUACGUCAAUACACAGACCGGCGUUCUCAGUGGAGAUGCCUACGGGCAAGCCGUGUUUGAACAAAUGGGCUUCGUUGAAGAGCAGCCACGUCGCGCGCAGGCCAUGGAGUAUCUCCAGCCUGGAGUGCGUUGGGCGCCGGCGGCCGGGCCCUCAAACCCUCCUCCAAGCCCGCGCCCUGUGUCAGUCAGAGAUGCCGAGGAGACGGAGCCCGAGGAGAGCAACGAGGAAGAUGACAACGGCAGCUCCGAUUACGAGAGCAGCGAAUAUAGCGACAGCGGCACUGAAAGCGACGACGACCUUGCCCACCACGACUGUCCCGCCUCAUCCGAAAGUUCCUUCUCGCCCACUGUUAGCAGCCUAGGAGGUCUGCGGACGUCUCUUCAUGGCGGAAGAGGUCGGGGUGGCGCUAGCGCGCCUCCCGCCCAGCGAGGGCAAGGUGGUCGUGGUCGUGGUCGUGGAUGUGGUCGUGGACGUGGUAGUGGACGUGGUGGUGCAGAUGCCACUGGAAGUGAAGCGAUCGCGCGUGGCAGCUCUACGCGUGGACGAAGCCGAGGUCGCGGGCGUGGCGCCAGCUCUGCGCGUGGACGAGGCAGCGGUCGUGGGCGCGGUCGUGGACGCGGCCGUGGAAAUGGAGAUGGUAACGAGGUGGCUUGAUUUUCUUGGGAGUCGUUAGGACGAGAACUCGGGGGUGCUGAUGGGUUCCUCGUUUGCUUUUGGCCUCCGG